AUGUUCUUCAAUGUUUUGUGGAGGAAACAGACAACAAAGAAGCACAAGACGUGGGACGGAGACGGAAUCUUGGUCAUCCAGGGGAACCAAUGUACCCUCCAGGAUAUGGCAGGCAAAGAUCUCGCUAAAACUACCUUCAAAGGCGGAGACAUUGGCGUCGGAACAGAACUGUUCAUUGGCGGGAAGGAAGUGGAGAUUGAUUCAGUGCUUGCGAAAAGCGCUUACAUGAGCGGCAAGCCAUUCCUCAAUGUCUCGAGUGCGGAGGCGGCACCGCCAUCGGUCGUGCUACCUGUCACGAAGAAGUACAAAGCGCCAUUACUCGAAUCGACGGUGCUGCCUACCACGAACAGGAGAGUUCCGACGCCGCGCCAUGCAAUCAACCCUGAUUCUUUCGUACUCCCACGCCCGAAAGGCAGACAGGCUCAGGGGAAAACGUUAGUGGACGUCGUCGUCGACCCGUUCAUUGGACGAUAUUUGCGACCACAUCAGAAGGAGGGUGUGCAAUACAUGUACGAAUCAAUCAUGGGCAUGCGAGACUUCGACGGAACAGGGUGUCUGCUCGCCGACGAAAUGGGUCUCGGUAAGACGCUCCAGACGAUCGCACUUAUCUGGACGUUAUUAAAACAGACUCCAUUCUGGGAAGAAGGUCCGGUUGUACAGAAGGCACUGAUUGUAUGCCCGGUGACAUUGAUCGGCAACUGGAGCAGGGAGUUCAGGAAGUGGCUCGGCAAAGAACGAAUCGCUGUUCUGGGAUGUGAAACGAAGAAGGACGUGCAGGACUUCAAAGUGGGCAAUACGUACAACGUCAUGGUGAUCGGGUAUGAGAAGCUUCGGUUGCUACAGGAGGACAUGAAGAAGCUGAAGUUUGACAUCAUCGUCUGCGAUGAAGGUCACAGACUCAAAGCAGUCAACAACAAGCUUGCCGCAGCCAUCCGUUCUCUGUCUUGCCUACGCCGCAUCAUCCUUUCGGGUACCCCUAUUCAGAACGAUCUCGGUGAAUUCUGGACGAUGUCAGACUUCAUCAACCCCGGUCUCCUCCAGUCAUACGCAACUUUCAAGAAAGAAUUUGAAGGACCCAUUAUCAAGUCCCGCCAGCCAGGUGCCAUGAAGAAGGAUAUCGAAAAGGGUAAGGCAAGGAGUGAAGCCCUUACUGCAUUGACCCGUAUGUUCGUGCUGAGACGUACGGCGGAUGUGUUGAGUAACUAUCUCUUACCCAAGUUUGAGUACGUGGUCUUCUGUCGGCCGACCGCUCAGCAAGUUCAGAUAUACAAAGCACUGUUGGACAGCCCGGCGCUCAGGAGGUGUACGGAGGGCUCGGACAUGUCUGCGCAUUUGCAAGCCAUCACUGCAUUGAAGAAGGUCUGUAAUGCGCCAUCACUGCUACUAGACAAGUCCAAAGACGAGGAGGAUGACUCCAGUUUGUACGCAAACCUUGCUAAAGUCAUGAAAGGCUUUGGUGGGUCGGGCUUGAGGAAGAGCGGAAAACUCCAGGUCCUGGAAAGGUUGUUGACCAUUCUUCGGGGUGUGACGGACGAGAAGAUCGUGCUUGUGAGUGGGUACACACAGACGCUGGACGUCAUCCAGGAUCUGCUUGGUUCGAAGGGGAUGAGUUAUCUGAGAUUGGAUGGCAGUACGCCCAGCAACAGACGCCAGGAGUUCGUUGACAAGUUCAACCGCACCAACGCCGACGAAGCUUUUGCGUUCCUGUUAUCUGCGAAGAGUGGUGGUGCUGGUAUCAACCUUGUCGGUGCCUCCCGUCUCGUUCUCUUUGACACCGACUGGAAUCCAUCUGUGGACUUGCAAGCCAUGGCCCGUAUUCAUCGUGACGGACAAAAGCGUCAGGUAUAUAUCUAUCGCUUCCUCACGACUGGCUGUAUGGACGAGAAGAUCUAUCAGCGGCAAGUCACGAAGCAGGGCUUGAGUGACCAGUUCAUGGACCAGAAGAAGACGGGAGGAAACAGUUUCACGUUGGCUGAGUUACGAGAUCUUUUCACAUUAGACACCAGUACGGAGUGUCAGACGCAUGACCUAUUGGGAUGCACAUGUGCUUCGAAGGGUGAUAAUAUCCCGGAUGCGAAGGAUGACGCCGUGGAGAUCGGGGUGGAUGAAGAUGCGGAUGAAGACUUACUUGAAAUCGAAUUACCAGGCUUCAAGAAGGCAUCCAACGUUACGGGAGAAGAAGCAGAAUUAGACGUUAAUCCAUUGAGGAAGAAGAACAGGAUGGAUGCUUUGGCGGAGUACAUCCAUGUGAGUCCGGCGGUGUUGGCUCAAAGCGUGGAAAGUGACGAGUCAGCAUUGCUGCUUGGGUCGGACGACUUAACAAGCGUCGUUGAAGACGAUAUAUUGAGGGAGAUUAUGAGGGAAGGCGAUGUGAGCUAUAUCUUUGGCAAGAAGUCUGGGUAA